AUGGCUAAGGCAAGCGGCAAGAAACGAAACUUUACUGAAAGUGAAUUGGAGGUGCUACUAUCGGAGGUAGAGACUAGAAAACAUAUUUUAUUUGGAACGUUGUCCUCUGGAAUUAAUAACAAAAGGAAAAAAUAUGAGUGGGAGAGUUUGGCUGAAGCAGUCAAUGCAGUGGGAUCUGAAAGUCGCACUGUAAAUGAGCUUAAAAAGAAAUGGUCUGAUAUAAAGGUGGACGUUAAACGGAGAACUGCUGCGCACCGACAAAGUGUGGGCAGGACAGGCAGUGGUAAAGGGGUCGAUGAACUUACACCCUUUGAGCAGAGAGUUGCCUCAAUUAUGGGUGACACUUUACUCUCUGGAGUAGUAUCUUCUGCUGUGGGAGACUCCGAUUUACAGGAUUGCGACGAAGACCCAUAUGGCGCAACAGCCGAAACAUCCACUUCCCAGGAGGGGCACUCGGAGUCCGCCCCUCCUGAGCAGCCAGCGCCCACUGUGCCCAGCGUUUCCAGUGCUCUCCCCAGUGCUGACGCCCGUCCGUCUGGUCGCGUCUUGACACAUGCUGUUUUGGAGUCACAACAGCAAAUCAUUAUGGCCAUCGGAGAAAUUAACAGUCACCUGAAAAAUAUCACUGACGCACUCACAGACAUAAGCCACUCAUUAAAGGAAUUGGUCAAAAAGUGAACUUUUGUCUCUGAUUACCAUUUA